CAGAAGCACAGGAAACUGGCUUAGGUGAGGUGCUGCUGCGGCGGCUGCUCGGCAUCGAUCAUAUGUCAAAAAGAUCCGAAACCUCCCCCAAAAAGCAACCAUUCCUCGUCUCCCCCAUUCGUCCUUCCAUCUUCUUUGUCCAGUUCCAUCCAUCACUUUGCUUGCUGCAGUAGUCCUUCCUGUCCGGGUACGGAAGCACCACUCGAAGCAUCGUCAAACGUCACUGUUCCUUAAACCAACCUCCCUACGGCCACGCGCAGCAUUCGCUCCAAUACAAUGACGCCCAGUGUGAUCGUGGUUGGCGGCGGCUUGUCGGGCCUGAGUGCUGCGCAUACCAUCUAUCUGGCUGGAGGCAAUGUUGUCGUGCUCGACAAGCAAGGAUUCUUCGGCGGCAACUCGACGAAAGCAACGUCGGGGAUUAACGGCGCCCUGACGAGGACGCAGGUUGAGCACGGCAUCCAAGACAGCGUCAAGCAGUUUUACGAGGACACCCUCAAGUCUGCCCGCGACAAGGCACGGCCCGACCUGAUCAAGGUCCUGACCUACAAGUCGGCUGCCGCCGUCGAGUGGCUCCAAGAUGUCUUCAACCUGGACCUGACGCUGGUUUCGCGCCUUGGUGGUCACUCUCACCCCCGAACCCACCGUGGUCACGACGCCAAGUUUCCCGGCAUGGCCAUCACGUAUGCACUUAUGCAAAGGCUUGAGGACCUGGCCGAGACGGAGCCGGAGAGGGUACAGAUCAUCAAGAAGGCGAGGGUUACCAGCCUGAACAAGGAGGACAACAAGGUCACAGGAGUCACGUACGAGUACAAUGGCGAAUCUCAGGUCCUCGAGGGCCCCGUCGUACUGGCUACUGGCGGAUAUGCUGCCGACUUCAGUGACACGUCGCUGCUGAAGCAGCACAGGCCUGACACCUUCGGGCUUGCCACGACCAACGGCUCGCACGCCACUGGCGACGGCCAGAAGAUGGUUAUGGCCAUCGGCGGCAACGGCAUCGAUAUGGACAAGGUCCAAGUCCAUCCCACGGGUCUGGUGGACCCCAAGGACCCUGGGUCCAAGUGGAAGUUCCUUGCUGCCGAGGCCCUGCGUGGCGAAGGUGGCCUCCUGCUCAACUCGGAUGGUGACCGGUUCUGCGACGAGCUCGGCCAUCGCGACUACGUGUCCGGCAUGAUGUGGAAGGAGAAGGAGAAGAACAAAUUCCCGAUCCGCCUCGUGCUCAACUCCAAGGCCUCGAACACGCUUGACUUCCACACCAGGCACUACUCGGGCCGCGGCCUGAUGAAGAAGAUGACGGGCAAGGAGCUUGCCAAUGAAAUUGGCUGCACCCCUGAGCACCUCCAGAAGACGUUCCAAACGUACAACGCCAUCGCCGAGGGCAAGCAAAAGGAUCCUUGGGGCAAGAAGUUCUUCCACAACAUGCCCCUUGACGUCAACGACGACUUCCACGUCUCGCUGAUGGAGCCGGUGCUCCACUUCACCAUGGGCGGCGUCGAGAUCAACGACAAGGCUGAGGUGCUCAACGGCGAGAAGAAGCCCAUCGAGGGUCUGUACGCUUGUGGUGAGCUCGCGGGGGGCGUCCACGGUGCCAACCGCCUGGGCGGUUCGUCGCUCCUGGGAUGUGUCGUGUACGGACGCGUUGCUGGAGACACAGCCAGUAACUACCUCUUCCGCCAGGCCCUCAAGGGUACCACGGGCGCCGCGCAGCGUCUGGGCCAGAUUUCACUGCAUAUCGACCCGUCUCAACCCGGCAGGCUGUCGGUGGAGUGGACUGGUGGGGCCGCAGCAUCGGCCUCGCAACCCCAGGCUUCCCAGGCUGGCGGCGCGGCGCCCAAGGCCGAGCCGGCCAAGCCUAACGAUCCCAAGUCCUUCACGAUCCCCGAGAAGGAGUUCACGAUGGAAGAGGUGGCCAAGCACAACACGAAGGAAGACCUGUGGGUCGUCGUCAAGGGUGUGGUCAUGGACCUGAGCAACUGGCUCGAGGAGCACCCGGGUGGCCCUCAGGCCAUUAUGAACUUUAUGGGGCGAGACGCAACUGAGGAAUUCGAGAUGCUGCACGAUGAUGAGGUUAUUCCCAAGUAUGCCCCUGCCCAGGUUAUUGGUAGGGUCAAGGGUGUCAAGCCAAGCCUGGAGCUAUAAUUUUGUUGGCGAGCCUGAGUGUCCUGCUUCGGAAUCUGUCUAGGGUUGUUUGCCGACUGUAUCAAUAUAUGUCAUAUUUUUGGCCCCUUGCGCGCAUCCUAGUCAUCAAGUAGUCUUUGCCAUGUGUAUUUCUCUUUGU